UUUUAAAGAUUUUAUUUAUUUAUUUGAGAGAGAGAGAAUGAGAGAGAACACAUGAGAGGGGAUAGGGUCAGAGGGCAAAGCAGACUCCCUGCCGAGCAGGGAACCCUGGGUAUUUCUUAAGUGAUGAGAGUGAUAAAGGUGUCUGUUGAUGAGGUGACUUUUGGAAACCCACUAAGUCACCUAGGUUUGAGGGCUGGUUGCCAGGUGAAACAGUCCUGCCAUUGGAGAUUGGAACCUGCAGUUCCACCCCUGACCUUUGGGAGUGGCAAUUGAUUGCCAAUGGCCAGUGAUUUAAUAAAUCAAGCCUAUAUAAUGAAGCCUCAAUAAAGACCUAAAAAGACAGGGUUUGGAGAACUUCUGGGUUGUCAGAUGUGGAUAUGCAGGGAGAGUGACACAUUAUUUUUUUAAAAAGAUUUUAUUUAUUUAUUUAUUUAGAAUGGGGGGACGUGGCACACAUGCAAAUGCAGGACAGGGAGGGGCAGAGGGAAAGAGAAUCUCAAGCAGACUUUGCUCUGAGCGGUGGGCCCAGUGGGGGGCUUGAUCUCACGACCCUUAGAUCACGACCUGAGCUGAAAUCAAGAGUUGGAUGCUUAACUGACUGAGCCACCCGGGCGCCCUGAGAGUGGCACAUUUAGGGCAUGGAGGCUCUGUGCUCCAUCCCACAUACAUUGCCUUAUAUGUUUCUUCUAUCUGGCUAUUCCAGAGUCAUAUCAUUUUCUAAUAAGCCAGUAAUCUAGUAAGUAAAAUUUUCUCUGAGUUUUGUGAAGCCACUCUGACAAACUAAUUGAAUCCAAGGAGGGGGUCAUGGGAACCUCCCAUCUAUAACUAGUGGGUCGGAAGCAAAGGUGAUGGCCUGGACUUGUGAUUGGCACCUUAAUGGCGGGGGGGGGGGGGCAUCUUGUGGGACUGAGCCCUUAGCCUGUGGGAUCUGACUCUUUCUCCAUGUAGAUAGUGUUAGAAUUGAGUUAAGUUAUAGGACAUCCAGGUGGUGUCACAGAAUUGCUUAGUGUUGUGCGCUCUCUCGCUCCCAACUCUGUUGGAAUUGGGUGUGGCAUCCUAGUGGUAAGGGGAGGCCGUUAUUCCUGAAUCGGGCAAUGCUCAAGCAGUGGGAGGCAUUCCUGGCUGUUACCUGGUCUCCGUGCCCCUCCUGUGUCUGGCCUCUGCUCUGGUCUAGUUUGCUGCCACAGAGGGUGGUACCCUCACCUCUCAGUUAUUGGCACUUGAAGCAGUGGUUCUCAGCUCUCAUUGCACAUUAGAGUUUCUCCAGGAGGGUUUAAAAAAUCCUGAUCUGGGGCGCCUGGGUGGCUCAGUUGGUUGAGCAACUGCCUUCGGCUCAGGUCAUGAUCCUGGAGUCCCUGGAUCGAGUCCCGCAUCGGGCUCCCUGCUCAGCGGGGAGUCUGCUUCUCCCUCUCUCGCUCCCCCCUCUUGUGCUCUCUCUCUCUCUCAAAUAAAUAAAUAAAAUCUUUAAAAAAAAGAAAAGAAAAAAAAUCCUGGUCUGGGCCCCUCUCCGGACCAGUUAAUCAGCAUCUCUGGUGUGGGGUCCAGGCCUUGUGCUGUUUGACGCUCCCCAUUGGUACAUAGGGUAGCGUCUUUGUCUCUGACCUCUGCCUGGCACACCCAGACCUUCCAGUCCAGUCCAGCAGUGGGUUCUCUCGGUGGGGUUAUGCAAGCUUGAUUGAAAUGUGCUGGCCAACAGCGUUUUCCUCUGUGCCUGAGGCGUGAAUUGGCAAGAUCUGGUGAUCUUGUUCACUGAUCAAUAUACUUUCAGACCUUGUUUCUGUUGUUUUUGAGCUAUGUUUGGGUUUUCUUUAUGUGAUGAAGGUGUUGGUUUGAGAGUUGUUACCAGCUCAAGGACAUCAGAUGAGGGACCAUUUUCACUAUUUCAAAGACUCUGGAACUUUUGUAAUAAAGUGUCAAGUUUAUUUACUGUAGGCUAAAUAUGUCAAUUUAUAGGAUAUCCCAUGCUGGUCAGAAGUGUUUGCUGGCAGUCAUAUGUUUGGUUAUCAAAAAUCAUAAAUCUGUAAUUGUUACUCACUGCACAGUGAGUGGACAUCUGUCCUUUUGGUUUCUAGACCUCUGCCUUUUUCUCCAGGACCUGGCAAGGAACGCUGGGCUGGGUUAGGGGCCCUGGGAGGGAGUCUGAGGCUUUUGGUAUUCUGAAUUACACAGGAUUGGUUAACCCUUGAGGGAAGAGUGAGAUUUAUGGAAAGUCCUUUUGUGUGGGGUGAGGGCAUAGCCCUUAACUGGUGUCUAGACCCAGGGUGUGCUGGAGGCCUCGGGAAUUUCACACCUGGACUCAGUAGGAGCUGAGUGUUCAGAAGAUAAAUAUAUAGGCCUCUCUUCCUGCCUGUGUUAGGGUCCCAUGAGGUGGGACCUAUCCUGAUUCCCCGAGGGUCCCUGGCUGAGGGCGAGGAGGCAGAACUUUCAAGGAUGGUUUCCAUGGGGACCCUCAUCCCUUUGGCGGUAACCAGAGGGGGGCAGUGGUUUGAGAUAGACUGAUUAGGACUUUACGGGAUGUGCUGUUUUGGAGUGAUCAGAUCAUUCAUUUUGUUAUGUACCUUGGCAGCUAAACAAACAACCAGUUACAAAACCUUCCACUGAGCUUUGUGUUUUGUUUUCGCCACCAUCAUUCCUGGUGGGGAAGGCAUGUGAGACCCACUGCCCUGCGUGUCUGCAGUGGGAACGCGGCAGCGACUAGGCGUCCUUUUCCCCAGCCGGGAGGGCAGGACGGGGGGUUGGUCUCAUCCUUCUUGGAGCGUGAGGCUGGGCUGGCUGGCAGGUACUUGCGCUGAGACUGGGUUUCCUCCUCUGCUCAGUUCCUUCUAAAGAUUUCCUUCUGAAGAUGGUGUCAGUCUGUGUAACAAGAUGGACAAGAUAAAUUAAUGGGCUGGUAAAGCACUGAGGGAGUUUUUGCCUUAAUUUUGCCACAUUCCACUUUCAGGCCGCAAUCCUCUGUUUCAGGAAACUCUUGGGCUUAAGCCUCACAUGCUGGUCCUCAACAAAAUGGACUUGGCGGAUCUGAAAGAGCAGCAGGUGAAGGUGCCCGUCCCAGAUGCCGUCACCCUUAGGGUUCCUGUGUCUGGGAUUGCAAACAAACACGGUGUUGAUUCACCCAGGCAGUCUUGCUUUGGCAAACAACCCUUUGUUUGCAGAGAAAAUUAUACAACACUUAGAAGGAGAAGGCCUAAAAAAUGUUGUUUUCACCAACUGUGUAAGGGAUGAGAAUAUCGAGCAGAUCAUCCCAAUGGUCAGAGGACUGGUUGAGAGCAGUUACCGCUAUCAUCGAGGAGAGAACCUGGAGUACUGUGCCAUGGUGAUCGGGAUCCCCAAUGUGGGCAAGUCCUCACUCAUCAACGCGCUCAGGAGACAGCACCUCAGGAAAGGAAAAGCUACCAGAGUGGGCGGUGAGCCUGGGAUCACCAGAGCUGUGAUGUCCAGAAUUCAGGUGUGUGAGCGGCCACUGAUGUUCCUGCUGGACACUCCCGGGGUGCUGGCCCCUCGGAUCGAAAGUGUGGAGAUGGGCCUGAAGCUGGCCCUGUGUGGAACCGUGCUGGACCACCUGGUGGGGGAGGAGACCCUGGCCGACUACCUUCUCUACACCCUCAACAGGCACCAGCUCUUUGGGUAUAUGCAGCACUACGGCCUGGCCGCAGCCUGUGAUGACAUAGCCGGGGUGCUGAAGCAGGUGGCUGUGAGGCUGGGGAAGACGCAGAAGGUGAAGGUGCUCACAGGCACAGGGGAUGUGAACGUCAUCCAGCCCAACUACCCCGCGGCAGCCCGAGACUUCCUCCGCACCUUCCGCAGCGGGCUGCUCGGCCCAGUGAUGCUGGACAGGGAUGUCCUGCAGAGACCCCCCUUGGCAGACCCCUGAACCAGUCCAGCUGGCAGGGCCCUCACUCCCGCCUGGCCCUUGGCACCAGAGAUGGGGACAUCCCAGGCCCUCACAGCCAAGAAUUUGACCCUGGGACUCCCUUUCCCAGAAUCUCCAUGCUGGUCACUGUACAGUACUCAGGUCUCGUCUCUAGGAAGGAGCCGGUACCUGCUGCCCCUCCGGGCCUGGCCAGCUGCCGGUUACAGGGCAUGGUGCCCGGAGUCUGGACAUCGGGGCUGCUGACACCUCUGAGCUGUCCCUGUGUGCCUCACACACGCUGAGUAUCUCUUAAGGAGAAGCUGAUGUUUUCUUCGGAGGUGAGAGGACAGUCUGUAAUUUAAACAUUUCAAAAGCCUGUCUCUGCUGGUGGCUCAUCUGUUGUGCACCAGUAGCAGCUUGGGCCCGCGUGUAAGGCCCCUCUCGGCAAGAAAAAUUGGGAUAUGAGCCACUUAGCAAGGGUUCUUGUGUUAGGUCCUUGAUAGUGUCCUGGGUCCUGCAAUAAAGACAAUUCUACUUGC